AUGAAGCUGGUGUGUAAUGGCAUUGGUCAACCUAUGGCCGCACUUGGAAUGGAUCAGAGCGUCACGGUCGCCUUGCGGUUGGAAUCAGGUCUUACCUUGCUUCGGGUCGCAGUUGGAAUUUCUAGAAGCGUCGCGGUCGCGUUACCGUUGGAAUCAGGUCUAAGCUUGUUUCAAUGCUUUUGGAUCUUUUGGCUAGAUGCACCUGGCAUUCAAUGGUUUACACCAACCCCUAUGGUCGCACUUAGAAUGGAUCAGAGCGUCGCGGUCGCGUUGCGGUUGAUAUCAGACCUCAACUUGCUUCAAUUCUUUUUGACGUAAGCCGGUUCAGGUCGGCCUCACGCUUUGAGCCAUUCCCAGUGCGGCCAUGAACAUAAUGAAUUGAGCCAAAGUUAAACGUCCAAUUUUUUUUUAUCUAAUUGAACCGAAAAAACAAAUUUUGUUUCAUUUGCAUUCUUUUUAACCUUUGAAUACUGUGUUGUGUUUACAAAAUAUUUUCAUGCUUCCAUGACCUCACCAGCUAGAGAAAAGAGACGCAGGCAAGUCAGAUUUUUUCAACUCGAGGCGAAUGAGCUAUCAAUUUUUGAUACUGACUUACUGCAUCUCAUCAAGUGGAACUUUCGAAAACAGCUUUUCACCUUUGCCAAGCCACCAAAACCUUUCACCUUCGGUCGCUCGGACAACCCAAGAAAAAAGCCGAAAGCGAUCCAUCAUCGACUUACCGGCUCCUUUUUUCUUGGCCCACCUCAAGACCCCGGACUCAAUGUCUCAAUUAGUCGCGCGCGGGACGUCCAUUUAUUGCCAGUUUACGGCGGAUCCUCGGCUCUCAGAUUAGGGUGCCGCAAGGGCGCCGCCGACUCCUUUUAUGGCUUCUUCGGACCGUCCUCAGACUCGUCAAAACUACUGAUGACAGUCCGGUCAACAUGUGUGUUUUAG